AUGUCAAAUAUAAAAAAUCUUCCGGUGUCAAAACCAAGUCAAAAUCUAGAUGAUUUUCAAAGUGCUGAACAAGGUGAAUCGAAAUUUUGGCGUAAGGUUAAAGCAGAUCCAGUUGUACCUAUUGGUAUGGCAGGAUUUGGUUUGAUCGUAAUUGGAGCUAUUAUUGGUUAUAAUAGACGAGAUCGAAGUAAGCCUACAUCCACCUAUUGGAUUCGUACUCGUGUUUACGCACAAGGUUUUGUUGUAUCUCUACUAACUGCAGCAGCUAUAUAUCAAGCAGUUAAAAGCACUCCACAGCGACGUAAUAUUCAGGAACACAAUAAAGCUCGUCAUGAAACAUCAGCAGACAAUAAUCAUCCUUCAAAAUAA